CCCCCUCCGACUUUGCCCUCCUACAUCCAACUAUCCUUUAUAUCUCGGAGAUCUACUGCGCAGUAGUGAUAUCGACCUUAUGGCUUCGUCUAGACCAUCUCUCGCCCUGUGCUUCGCCUGCCGUGCCGGUGACGCUACUUGCAAGAACAGCGUGAAAGACGGCCCUUGUUGCGAUGAAAGCUGCCUCGUGGUUGUAGCACGUCGUGAAUGCGACUUAAAAUGCGGUCGAAACGAAUCAUCAAGCUGCUCCAGUGAUAAAAAAUCGACAACCUCCGGUGCCCCCGAGUCCCCUCUCCUUCCCACCCAAAUUCGCAAGCGCAAACGUGAAGCUUGCAGCACUCGUUCCAAUAGCGUCCGUGAACGUUACCUCGCCACCCUCAUCAACGUGGGCCGUAUCUGCAAAGAGCUUAUUGCGCGCAAACUCGAGCCGUGUUGUGAGGUGGCGCGGCCCGCAUCAACUCGGGAGACGACAGCUGAUGCCAGGAAGACGAGUUCAUUGUCGGCUUUGAGCAAGAAAGCAGAUGGUAUUGUUUGCGCGAGGAAAGAACGCUGUGGAGACGAUGAUGGUACAGCUACCUCGAAGAAGGAUGAAUGUUGUGGUUCUGAGAAGACGACAGGUUAUUCUGUCCUGAAAAAAGAUGGCUGCUGUGGUACUGAAGGGCCAGGCCAUGACUUCAGUGGCACAACGGGAACAAGUGGCUGCCCCGGUGAAAGCAAGGCCGGUCUUUACAAUCCUGAGCUGGAACACGUUGGUGCCAAGAAUGGCGAUCGCAUCAUUGUCGACAAGAAGUCUCACUGUUCUGUUAUCGCAGAGCUGGGCUGCAGCGGUUCUGCGAAGAAGGACCACAGCUGCGAUUUCAAAAAGGUUCGCUUUGGCGAGAAGCUGAAGAAGUGCUGCUGCCAGAUCGCACCUUGCUCCGACAAGUCUGACUGCUCCGAAGGUACAAACAUACUCCCCGAAAUGGAGCUAUACGUAGGUAGUUCUGGGCUACUGUAUAAUCUCCAGCUUGCCACUUUUUCAUAAGCCUUCCACCCUUGAAGAUCUAUUCAAUUUCCUCUGUCCUGAAAUACAGUACUGACUUCAUUUUUACGAGGCCGAGAGCGUCAAUUCAUGAUUGCGCAUAUUUCUUUUCGUGUUGCAAAUUUGUCGAAGGGAUGGGCAAUGGCUUGUGCUUAGUACUG